CGAGCCGGGCGGGCCCCGACCGCCACCCUGCCGCAAUUUCCCUGUGUCAUGGCUCCGGUCUCUUAGCAACAGCCGCCAGUCCGGCCGCCCCGAGCCGCCGCCGCGGGCUCAACUCCACCCGGCGGAGCCCGGCGCGCCGCAGCCACACAAAAGAGGCGCGAGGGCCGGCGGCGCGGCUGCAGGGGCCCGCCCGGGAGCACCGCGCUAGGAGACGCCGCCUGCGGGAGGAGGAGCGGCGGAGAGGAGGGCUCCGAGACGGGAUGCGGGAUGCGGAGGACCUGACACUUCUUGGAAACUCUUGGAAAUGGCUCCCGCCACGGCGCCGGAGGGGGCUGCGAGCCUGGGGCGGGCGCUCGCCCCCGCGGGGCUGCUGAGCGGCGCUCCGAUGAAGGGCCCCGGGGCGCUGUCCCUGCGCUCCGCCGUCGGCUCGGGCUGAAAAAGUUUCUCCAUGGUUCCUUUGUGUUGCCCGAGCGCCCGUUCGCCGGCCCCGACCUCCCCCGGUCUCCCUGGCAGGAGGAGGUGGCUGAGCAGCUAGUGGGCAGUUGGCGCCCUCCCUGCGCAAGCCUCCACCCCAGAGGCUAGUCCCGCACUCCACGAGUUCGCCAUGAUCGCCACCGGAGGCCUGUUGAGAAUUUCUGCCAGAAAGCAGGAUCCACUCCGCCCCCCAAGCCAGAUCCCCAAGCGCAAGCGGAAAGCCAAGAAGAGGCGCAAGAACGACGUGGUGGUGGUGAAAGGCAAGCUGAAGCUGUGCUCCAUCUCAGGGCUCAUUGCCCUCUGCGGGAUCCUGGUGCUGCUGGUGGGCAUAGCCAUGGCGGUGGUGGGCUACUGGCCAAAGGCCAGUGGGGCCAAUCGGGAGGGGGGUAACCAGCUGCCACCUGAGGGCAGCCGCCACCGAGUCCCGACCACCGCCAACAGCAGCAGCAGUGGCAGCAAAAACCGGUCCAGGAGCCACCCUGGGGCUCCAGGGGGUGUCAACUCCAGUUCCGCGGGCACGCCGAGGAGCACGCCUCCAGCGCGAGUCGCCGCCCCUUCCUCCUCUUCCACGUCUGUGGGCUUCUUCUUCCGAAUCUUCUCUGGCUACCUGCACUCUGACAAGCUUAAGGUCUUCGGGCCCCUCAUCAUGGGCAUCGGCAUCUUUCUCUUCAUCUGCGCAAAUGCGGUGCUCCAUGAGAACCGGGACAAGAAGACCAAGAUCAUCAACCUGCGGGACCUCUACUCCACCGUCAUCGACGUGCACAGCCUCCGCGCCAAAGACCUGGCGGCCGCCGCCGCAGCAGCGGCCGCAGCCGCCUCCUCGUCGUCGUCUGCCCCCGCCGCGGCGGCCCCCGGGGCCGUACCGCUCAACGGCUUCCUCAGCUACGUGCAGUCGCGGGGCCUGGAGCUGAAGCCCGGGAGCUGCGGUGGCGCCGGGGACGCCUUCGGAGCGGCGGCGAUGCUGGCCAAGGGCUCGUGGCAGCUUCAACCCGCGGCGCUGAGCGGCGGCCGACGCCGGGGCGCCGCGUCCCCGCCAGACUUGGCCUCUUCCCCGCGCUGUCCGCGGGAGCCCCCGAGUCUGGCCGAAGCGGUGUACAGCGUCUACCGCGAGCGCUCCGGCGUGGCCGGCCGUCGCCGGGCCGCCGCCGCGGCCGCCAGCAGCUGCAGCAGUCCGGCUCCCUGCAGCCCACCCGAGAGCUGGGGGCGCCAGAGCACCGCCAGCUCCCUCGUGGGCUCCUCGCUGAGCGCCUUCGCGCUGCUGCCCUUGCAAAGAGACCGCGACAGGGACAGGGACGGGGACGCGGAGGGCGCUAGCUGCAGCUGGCAGAUGCCGCCGGGGGAACGCGGCUCCCUAGAGAUCCCGAGGGGCGAGCUUGACCUGAGCAUGACCAACCUCCGCGGAGCCAAGGGCAGCGUGCGCCUGGCGCGCGGGGAGCUGGAGGAGCCCGAAGGCGCGGUAGCUGCGCGCGCCACCAGGGGGCAGGGCGGCCGCUUGCCCAGGACCGGCAGGUACGCGGCCUUGCGGCGCCGCAGCACCAGCGGGCUCCCGGACUACAGGGCGCCGCCGUCCCCCGAACCCCCGCCCUCCCGGGGCAGUGCGGACCCUGACUCCAGCCCUCUGGCCAAAGCCGCCUCCACCUCGCCACCCCUGCGGCUAGAGGACUCGCCCCCCACCAGGCGGAACUCGGGGAGCUCCCAGUCGGAUGACCCAUCCAGCAGCAAUAAGGGCUACGCCCCCCUGCAGGAGGCCGGCACCUCCUCUGAGUCGGUCUUGGACGCAGUAGCGGGUCAAACGCCAGACUCUGUGGUCGCCCCUUCUCCGGAUGCGGAGCAGAGUCUCCCGGAGGGUGCCACUCAAGAGCCACCCACGGCCGAGCAACCUCAGCCGAUGCAGAGGCAGUUUACAAACAAAGAGAAACUCUUCAUGAUUUCCAGGUCUCAUACCACAGGGGUAGAAGAAGGAGAACUGGAAAGCACAGACAUUUAGAGAGGGGGAAGAAGGAGAGAAAAAACGGGAGAAACGCCUACUUGAAUCAGUGCAUUAACAGGUCCCUGUUUCUUUUGUGGACUUAUCCGAGGACAUCAUUCAAUAUCCAAAGAGCUGCAGAAUGUUAUCCUUGAAUUGCGUCCACAAGAUUCCUGUAGAUAACGCCAAGGAAUUUUUUUUAAAGCGAACUAGUCUUUUUAUGUCCGAUGGUGAUUGUAUGUUCAAUGAAAACCAAAUGUGUUAAAAGGUCAGCAAUCUAGUCCAUUAGAUAAAAAUUCUUUUAAUUUUCUUAGGAUCAAAAUAAUAUAUUUUUGACGGCAACUGUGCACUUUACUCCAAUUUUUUUUUUAAUCUCUAAUUUUCCGACCCCUGUACUCUGCGCUGGUUUUGCCCAUAGCCGCUUGCAAAUGGCAGGCUUUUUUUCUCCCUCCCUUUGCGAAACAUAGAAGAGUUUGUCUCAGUUUUCAUAUGUUACUUACUGAAGUCAAAGCCAAAAGUGUGAGUAAUUCAGGAAAGAACACUUUCCUUGCCCCACCCUACUCUGCUCACCCAAUGCCCAAAAGCUUCUUUAUUUUUUAAAAAGGUGCGUAUGUUUUGCUACUAGGGUAUGUGGUGGAGACUGGAGGGGGCCAGGAACUAGAUGGACUGUUACAUUCCGAAAUUUAUAUCAAGUACACUAUGCUUUAUUGAGUGUUAUCACACCUGUAUUGAAAAUAGCAUUAAUAUUUAAAAUCUUUUUAAUAAAAGAAGUUUCCAAACAAACAGUUAAACAUAAUAUUGCCUCAUUUUGCCUUGGAGCUAGCUCAUAUGGUACAUUUAAAAUAUUUUGCUAUGACACUGCUACCAGGAUUGUUGUGAUCUUUCCCUAAAGUACUCAACACCAUUGUCAAAUGUCCAGUGUAAUUUUAGGCUUAAAAUGUAGGGUAGUAUUUAGCAUUUGGGAAUUUCUCUUUCAAAUAGAAUGAAAAGUUAAGUAAAUAGUAAUUUCCUAUGAUACAUCUUGUUUACCUCCAAGCAUUAAUUUGCAAAGCACCAGGCUUAAUAUUCCCUUCCCAUCCUCUUGGAUAUCACUGAUUAUAAGUUCAUGGUCUUGAAUCCAUGGCCUGCAUAGGCAAAAAGAUAAUGUUUUAAUAAUUUGAUAGAUUGCUUACACCUGAUGUCAUUAAAAGUGAAUUUGUUAAUUUUCAAAA